CUGAAAGCCUGAACCUCUCGUCGUGUCUCGUACUCUCGUUCCCCUCCCCUCGCGUCGCCUCUCCACUUCGUCUCUAUAAAGUCCCACCCAAUUCUCGAUUCCCAAUCCAGCGCAGCACAAAGCCCUCCUCCUUCCACCGCAGCUGCGCUACCUACCUCCAAGAGGGCUGGUCCGCUGGUCGUGGAGAAGGAAGAGAGAUCUUCCAGGCUGAUCCCUCCUAUUGCUUUCUCCUUCCCGAGCCCGCUUGAGGAUCCCCGCCGGAGUAGGGAUUAGGGAGGGGAGAACAGGAGGCGGCGAUUCACCAUGAAGGCGCUCAUUCUUGUUGGAGGCUUCGGCACUCGCCUUCGGCCUUUGACGCUCAGUUUCCCAAAGCCUCUUGUUGAUUUCGCGAACAAGCCCAUGAUUCUGCAUCAGAUUGAGGCCUUGAAAGAAGUUGGAGUAACAGAAGUUGUUUUAGCCAUCAACUACCGACCGGAGGUAAUGCUCAAUUUCCUGAAGGACUUUGAGGAUAAGCUUGGCAUCACAAUCACGUGUUCCCAAGAGACUGAGCCCUUGGGAACUGCUGGCCCUCUUGCUCUAGCAAGGGACAAGCUUGUGGAUGGAUCUGGUGAGCCAUUCUUUGUCCUCAACAGUGACGUCAUAAGUGAAUACCCUUUUGCUGAGCUCAUAAAAUUUCACAAGAGCCAUGGUGGUGAGGCAACGAUUAUGGUCACCAAGGUGGACGAACCAUCAAAAUAUGGUGUUGUGGUUAUGGAGGAGGUCACUGGAAUGGUGGAAAAAUUUGUUGAGAAACCAAAAAUAUUUGUAGGCAACAAGAUCAAUGCGGGAAUUUACUUGUUGAAUCCAUCUGUCCUGGACCGCAUCGAGCUGAAGCCAACUUCAAUUGAGAAAGAGGUCUUUCCUCGAAUUGCAUCUGAUGCAAAGCUCUUUGCUCUGGUCCUUCCAGGUUUUUGGAUGGAUGUUGGCCAACCAAGGGAUUACAUUACAGGCUUGCGCCUUUAUCUGGAUUCACUUAGGAAGAGAUCAACCAACAGGUUAGCCACUGGAGCACACAUUGUUGGGAAUGUGCUAGUUCACGAGAGUGCCAAGAUUGGCGAAGGCUGUCUGAUUGGUCCUGAUGUUGCUAUCGGUCCUGGAUGCGUCGUGGAGGAUGGUGUGAGGCUUUCCCGUUGCACGGUGAUGCGUGGCGUGCACAUUAAGAAGCAUGCUUGCAUAUCAAACAGCAUUAUUGGAUGGCACUCAACUGUUGGACAAUGGGCACGGAUAGAAAAUAUGACUAUCCUGGGAGAGGACGUACAUGUAGGUGAUGAGGUCUAUACCAACGGCGGUGUUGUUCUCCCGCACAAAGAGAUCAAGUCAAGCAUCCUGAAGCCUGAGAUUGUCAUGUGAACUAACCCUCCUUUUAUGUUAUGGUAUACUCAAGUUCUUUUAAUGCAGUAUCUUUAGUUUAUACCUGUGAUCCUUCCAAGAUGUUGACCUAGCAUGUGUGUUACUCACAUUCUGAAAACUGCUUCUCAAUGAGAAUUCAGUGUGCCAUAUUUGAUUGUACCUUCAUUUGGACCAUCCAGUAAAGUUCUCAACCCUGCACCAAGAGGACCAGAAGAAACUCUUUUUCCUAUAAAAGAAGAGGAUCAGCCUUGUACUUUGUUCUUUUUGAAACAAAUAUAUACUGCUAUAUGGAACAGACCCAUGAUGUAUUGCACAAUUUGUAGCAAAUGAUGCAAAGUGGAUAAUAAUAAGGAUCAGGCAGAUCCAUAUAAACUAUAGGCCAAUUAUUUGUACAAGCUCAUCGCAAAAACUAGAAAAAGAAAAAAUAAAAGUAGAACUACUGGUAUGUAAGUA